UUUUGGUCUUCUAAAUUAGCCACAAAAAAAAAAAAAAAAGCUUAGGUGAUGGAAUCACGUACAAUAGAGCAGUUCCACGGCAAGACUAUUUUGAUUAACGGUGCUACCGGUUUCCUUGCAAAGAUUCUUGUGGAGAAGAUACUUCGAGUUCAACCAAAUGUGAAGAAACUCUACCUUCUCAUAAGAGCUUCAGACAACAACUUUGCUAGACAACGCUUUAUCAAUGAGGUUGUAAUGUCUGGAUUAUUUAAUGUUAUAAGGGAAAGGAUGGGUACAAUAUAUCUCAGCUCUCUGGUGGAGGACAAGGUGCUACCAAUUUCAGGUGACAUCUCAAAAAAAAAUAUGGGAAUUAAAAACUCUCAAUUGAGAGAGCAUAUGUUCAAAGAAAUUGAUAUAAUCAUAAACUCUGCUGCUACCACCAACUUUGAUGAGAGAUAUGAUAUUGCAAUGAAUAUAAAUGUAGUGGGGGCCAAGAAUGUCCUCAAGUUUGCUAAGAGUUGUAAAAAAGUAAAAAUGCUUCUUCAUGUAUCUACCGCUUAUGUUUGCGGCAAAUCAACAGGAAUAUUAUCAGAAAAAUCGUUUGUUAUGGGUGAGACGCUCAACAAAAACUCUUAUUUGGAUAUGGAUAAGGAAAGGAGCGUGAUAGCAAUCAAAUUUAAGGAACUUAGAGCUCAAAAUGCGACAGCAAAAGAAUUGACAAUAGCUAUGAAAGAACUCGGCCUACAAAGGGCAAGGUUACAUGGAUGGAAAAACACAUAUUCUUUCACAAAAGCAAUGGGAGAGAUGGUUUUGGGACAUUUGAAGGGGAAUCUACAGGUUGUUAUCAUACGUCCAACGAUUAUAACUAGUACCUACAAAGAGCCAUUUCCUGGAUGGAUUGAAGGAGUGAAAACAGUGGAUUCAUUUCUUUUAGCUUAUGGAAAAGGUGCACUGAAAUUCUACCAUGGUGAUCCUUACUCAAAACUUGAUGUGAUUCCAGGAGAUAUGGUGGUGAACGCAAUCCUUGCUGCGGUUAUAACACAUGAAAAUCAACAUUCUGAAGAAGUAGUUAUUUAUCACAGCAGCUCAUCUUUAAACAAUCCUCUAAAAAUUUCAGACUUCGUGCUUUACUUGUUUCACUACUUCUCGAAAAAUCCAUGGGCUAAUAAAGAUGGGAAAACUAUCAAAGUGAAGGCUCCUAUGCGUCCAUUUAGCAGCAUGACUAGCUAUCACAAACACAUUUCAACUCAUUAUUUGCCACUGUUAAAGAUGUUAAAGUUUGUGAAUCAAGUGUCAUGCCAUCGCUUUGACAAAACCUAUAUACUUAUGAAAAAGAAGAUAUAUAAGGCUAUACGUCUCACUGAACUAUACGAACCCUACGUGUUUUUCUUUGGAAGUUUUGAUGAGGUUAAUACUGAAAAAUUAAGAUUGAGAAUGAAGGAAAUCAACAUGGAUGAAGUGCUUAAUUUUGACCCACGUUGCAUCAAAUGGGAGGAUUACUUUAUGAAUGCUCACAUUCCUGGUGCUGUGAAGUACCUCUUCUGAGGAUUAUGCUUAAGCUUUUAAUUUGUGUGUACUUUUUAUGCAAUAUUUUCGUGUCUAAAGUUAAUAAAAGUGAUAUUAAUUUGGGUUUU